AGCGCCGUCACUCGCUGCUCUCACUGGGAAUGAUGGCUCACAAGCAGCAGCCCCUGUACCUGCACCUGGCCGAGCUCACCGCCUCCCAGUUCCUGGAUAUAUGGAAACACUAUGACUCUGAUGGAAAUGGCUUCAUUGAAGGGAAGGAGCUGGAGAACUUUUUCCAGGAGCUGGAAGCUGCAAGGAGAGGAGCUGGAGUGGAAGGAUCCAGCAUAAACAUCGGGGAGAAGCUGAAGGAGUUUAUGCAGAAGUACGAUAAGAACGCGGACGGACGCAUCGAGAUGUCUGAGUUGGCUCAGAUUCUCCCAACAGAAGAAAAUUUCCUGCUCUGCUUCAGGCAACACGCCGGCUCCAGCACCGAGUUCAUGGAGGCCUGGAGGAAAUACGACACAGACAGGAGCGGCUACAUUGAGGCCAACGAACUGAAGGGAUUCCUGUCCGAUCUGCUGAAAAAAGCAAACCGACCAUUCGAUGAAAAGAAACUGCAUGAGUACACCCAGACAAUACUCCGCAUGUUUGACCUGAAUGGAGACGGGAAGCUCUGUUUGUCUGAGAUGUCCAGGCUGCUCCCUGUGCAGGAAAACUUCUUACUGAAAUUUCAGGGUAUGAAGCUCAGCUUCGAGGAAUUCAACGCAAUAUUCAACUUCUACGACAAGGAUGGGAACGGUUACAUUGAUGAGCAUGAGCUGGAUGCUUUACUGAAGGAUUUCUUUGACAAAAACAAAAAGGAAAUGAAUAUCCAGAGCCUGACCGGCUACCGGCAGAGCAUCAUGUCACUGUGUGAUGGCGGGCGCCUCUACCGCAAGGAACUGGAGAUUGUACUCUGCAAUGACGUGAACCCCAUGAAGUAACGGGGCCCCACCGCACACCCUCACUGCACUGUGCUCCUGCCCCACCCCCACCAGCAGGGGAGAGACCACCGGGGUGUCAGGUCUGCCAGGGUCCUCUGGUGGUCACUCACCCCUGUACCCCAGGCUGCUUCCCUGAAUAGUUCCCCCGGCACCUCGCACCCCGGAGUCUCCACUAGAGGCCCCCGGCCCGGGGUUAGGGGCCCCCCAGUGCAUCCUGGAUUUCAGUUCUUUCUGGAUUUUGCUUGUUUUUCUGUUUUAUCAAAGGAUGAAU